AUGAUUUCAAUCUUUUUCUCUAUUUGUUUAGCACUUGACGCAACAAUUGAUGAUGUUAAAUACACUGGAAGUGAUUUAGAUGAUAUUAUCACAACAAAUAAAUUAACAAAGUCUUUAAUUCAAAAAAUAUCAUUAACAUCAGGAGAUUUUGACUUUCGUAAAAUGAACACAACAGAAUACUCAUCACUUACAUACUUUUCAAUUGAGUUAGCUGUCUCAACUUCUCCUUUCCCUGAAAGCUUUUUCGAAAAUCACACUACAAUUCAAAAUGUCGCGAUACAAUCAUUGAUUUCUAUUGUUGAGCGUGCAUUUUACAACUGUACCAAUCUUACAACAGUGAAUUUCCCUGCAGUUACUCAAAUUUAUUCAUAUGCUUUUUAUAAUUGCAUUAACUUAUCUCAAUUAACACUCGGCGAUAUCGAUACACUCUAUCCAUACUGUUUUGCAAGGACAGCAAUCGAGACAGUCAAUCUUCCAAACUUAAUUAACCAGAAAUUAGACAAAAACAACAUCGCAGCAUAUUACAGCGAAUGCAAGAAUCUCAAAGAGUUCAAAGCCGCCAAAAUUACGAAAAUAGAAGACUACACACUCUGGAAUUGCCCACUUUUGAAUGUUUUGGACACUCCCUUGGUUUCUGUAAUCGGAAAUUACGGUUUGACAAACGAUAAAGUUUACAAAACCUUAAAUCUUGGAAAUAUCACAGAAGUGGGAGCUUUUGGCUUUUAUGGACUGAAAUUGGACAAAGUAGACUUUCCUUAUUUGUCUAAAAUAGGAAAAGCGAGUUUUGGAGCGAGCGAAUUAUCCGAAAUCAAUUUUAAUUAUUUAGAAGAAAUAGGAAACGCCGCUUUCAAGGAUUGCAAGUUUUUAAGGAAAGUUUCAUUACCGAAUGUUCGUGUUCUGUAUCCAAACUGUUUCAUGAACACGUUGAUAUCUGAAAUAGAUCUUCCAAGUUUAACAGAUUUGGUCGAUGAUGUUGAUAACGGAGAUUAUUUCAAUUAUUGCAAAGAAUUGGAAAAAUUUACAGCGCAAAAACUGACAAAAAUUGGUCAUUCAAUGUUUAUGCAUUGCGAAAAACUUGUUGAAGUUAAUUGCCAGAGCGCAUCGAAAGUUGAAACAAAUGCUUUCUACUUUUGCUUAAAAUUGAAUAGUUUACAAUUAGGUGAAGUGACAGAAAUUGGCAAAGCAAGUUUUAUGAAUUGUGUUCAAAUUACUAAUAUUUCUUUGCCUAGUUGCAAGUCUGUGAAUAGUUCUGCAUUCUCUACAUGCAGUGGAUUAGUUUCUGUUUAUUUACCUUCUUUGGUUUUCUUGGGAGAUAAAGUUUUCGAAGAAUGUUCGAAAUUGGAAAACUUCACUUCACAAAAAGUGACAAAAAUUGAUGAUUUCACUUUUUCUGAUUGUUUUAGACUGAAAAACAUUGAUGCUCCUAUGAUAACAUUUGUUGGAGAAUCGGCAUUUAGUAGUUGCCAAUCAUUGGAAUCAAUAAAAUUUGAUUUUGUUGAAGAAAUUUUGGUAUCUGCAUUCCAAGAUUGCACAAAACUAAGAAAUGUUGAUCUACCUAAGUGUAAUAAGGUAAAUAUAAGUAGUUUCCAGGGUUGUACACUAUUAGAAACUCUAAAUUUGGGUGAAAUCCAAAAAAUUGAAGAUUCAACAUUUAAAUAUUGCUGGAAUUUAAAGAAGAUAUCAUUCCCUAAGGUGACUGUUAUUACUUCUUCGGCUUUUAAUGCCUGCAAGAACUUAACAUCUAUUAGUUUCCCUUCUGCAACAACAAUUGGAGAUUAUUGUUUCAAAGAUUGUAUGAAUUUGACUGAUAUCAAUAUCCCUCAAGCAGCAUUUAUAGGAAAUUCUGCUUUUAGAGGCUGUUCUUCUUUGAAAACAAUUAAUCUUCCAAAUUUAAUCAUAUUAAAAGAAGCAGCAUUUAAAGAAUGCAAUAAAAUAGAGAAAAUUAACCUUCCUAUGGCAGAUACAAUCUCGGAUGAAGCCUUCUCCAAUUGUGUCUCUUUAAUUAAAAUUUCAUUAGAUCUUGCCACAGAAAUUUGCGACCAUGCAUUUGAAAACUGUAUGAACCUUGCAGAAAUUAAUAUUCCUAAGGUUAGAUCUAUCGGAUGCCACUCUUUUGCUUUUUGCAAAUCUCUUAAGAAUUUGAACUUGCAAAGCUGUGUUAAUUUCACUGGACAUCAUAACUUUGCUAAUUGUUCAAGUUUAGAAACAGUUAAUCUUACUUCUCUUAAAUUUGUAUCAAAUGAAACAGAUUUUGUUUUCUUUGGAUGUGUUUCCAUCAAAAACAUAUCAUUUGGAUCAUUCCCACCACAAACAUUUAAAGAAGGAGUGUUCGAUGAGUUCGUAAAUCACAGAGAUUUUAAGAUAAUUUUACCAUCAAAGAAAGAUUGGAAGAAUUAUGCAAACCAGUCACAAAUAGCAAGUAACUUGGAAUAUGUAUGGUUUGGAUACAGAUCUGGAGUUAAAGACAGCAAAAAAUUCUUCCAUAAAAUAAUUUUACCAAUAAUUAUUGCAUCUGUAUGUUUAGUAGUUCUUAUUGUAUUCAUUAUCAUAUUGUUUAUUGUGAGAAAGAAAUCAAAAGAGUCAGCAACGACACUUUCACUCAUUUCAACUACUUUAAUGACUUAA